AUGAAAGUUCAUCACUUUCUUUCUCUGCUUAUUCUGGUUUCAUUUCUCAUUCCUCAAAUGGCUGUUGGAACUGCGGAGCUUAAAGCUCUGAUGGAUUUGAAGUCAUCUCUGGACCCAGGUGGCAAGAUCCUUGCCUCCUGGAUCAGUGAUGGUGAUCCAUGCAGUGGUUUCUUCGAAGGGGUUGCGUGCAACGAGAACCAGAAAGUCGCCAACAUCUCCUUGCAGGGAAAGGGUCUUUCUGGUUGGCUAUCUCCAGCCCUGGCUGAACUCAAAUGCUUGACAGGUUUAUACUUGCAUUAUAACAACCUUUCAGGUGAGAUACCCCCUCACAUUUCAAAUCUCACUGAUCUGGUUGAUCUCUAUCUCGACGUGAAUAGUUUAUCGGGAACUAUUCCUCCUGAGCUCGGCAACAUGGCUAGUCUCCAAGUGCUGCAGUUGGGAGAUAACCAGUUGGUGGGGAAUAUACCGACACAGAUGGGUUCCUUAAAGCAGCUUAGUACUCUUUCUUUGCAAUAUAACAAGUUAACUGGUCAAAUUCCUCUUAGCUUGGGGACUUUAGAGAAGUUAAGAAGGCUAAAUUUGAGCUUCAACAACUUUAAUGGUACUCUUCCGGCAACACUAGCACAUAUUGAACAUUUGGAAGUUCUAGAUAUUCAGAACAAUUCUUUAUCAGGAAUUGUUCCUUCGGCAUUGAAGAGACUUGGGGAAGGAUUUCAAGGUGCAAACAACCCGGGCUUAUGUGGAGUUGAGUUUUCUACUUUGAGAGCUUGCAACAAAAAUCAUGAUUUAAACGUUAACCAUAUUGAUAACUUGGAUCGAGACCAACCCAAAAGUAGUAAUUCUUCAAAGGCUCUCCCAGAGCCUGCAAAUGUUCAGUUGCAUUGUGACCAAACCCAUUGUUCAAAAUCACGAAGGUUUCCUCAAGUUUUCGUCACAGCAGGUGUUAUAAUUGUUAGUCUUACGUUCAUAUGUGCUGGAUUUUUGACAUUCUUCAGAUACCGCCGACAAAAACAGAGGGUCAGCAAUACAUCAAGUUCUUCUUCUCAAGGGAAACAUAGUCCUGAUCAGCCUAAAGAGUUGUAUACAAAAAGUCCAUCUGCACUUGUUAAUAUUGAGUAUUAUAGUGGGUGGGAUCAUUUGUCCAAUGGUCAAAAUGCUGAUCCCGGUGGGUUAUCCAAUGAUUAUCUAAGUCAAUUUAGGUUUAACGUGGAUGAGGUUGAAUCUGCAACACAGUACCUAUCGGAAGCCAAUUUACUUGGUAAAAGCAAAUUCUCAGCAGUUUAUAAAGGAAUUCUCAGAGAUGGUUCUCUCGUGGCUAUUAGAAGCAUCAGCGUGACAUGCUGCAAAACCGAGGAAGCUGAAUUUGUAAAGGGGUUGAACUUAUUAACCUCUCUGAGACAUGAAAACCUUGUUAGGCUGAGAGGAUUUUGUUGCUCAAGGAGUCGAGGUGAAUGUUUCCUUAUCUAUGAUUUUGCCACCAUGGGUAACCUGUCUCAAUAUCUUGACUUAGAAGAUGGAAGUGACCAUGUGCUUGAGUGGUCCAAGAGAGUUUCUAUCAUCAACGGCAUUGCAAAGGGUAUUGGAUAUCUACAUAGCAAUGAAGCAAGCAAACCUACAAUAGUUCACCAGAAUAUUUCAGUGGAAAAUGUUCUCCUAGACCAUCAGUUUAACCCAUUGAUCAUGGAUGCUGGACUACCUAAGCUUCUUGCAGAUGAUGUUGUUUUCUCAGCUCUUAAAGUGAGUGCAGCAAUGGGAUACUUAGCUCCCGAAUACAUUACUACUGGAAGAUUUACUGAGAAGAGUGACAUAUACGCAUUUGGAGUUAUUAUUCUUCAAGUUUUAUCUGGCAAGACGACAAUAGGUAGUUCAAUACGUACAGCAGUUGAAUCUUUCAGAUUUGACGAUUCUGUUGACUCAAACCUUAGGGGAAAGUAUUCUAGAUCUGAAGCAGCCACGCUUUCAAAGCUUGCAAUACAAUGUACUCAUGAGUUUCCUGACCAAAGACCAACCGUGGUGGAUGUGAUUCAGGAGUUGAGUGUGUCUUCUGCUCAUUUGUAA